CCCUAUCCCCUCCCCCCCCCCCCCCCCCCCCCCCCCCCCCCCCCCCCCCCCCCCGCCCCGCCCGGGCGGGCGGGGGGGGGGGGGGCCGCGCUUUAAGCCAUCUUUGAAAUGGAAAAUGUUUAAUUACUAAACACCUCAUCAGGGACAUCAUAAAUGAGAAUUUGUCCUUCUAUUAUUUUAUUCAUUUCCAAUCACUCAAAAUUUAUCUAUUGCCAUCGAUAGAAUCUUUUGUUGUCAACUAAAAAAUGUCGUCCAAUGACUCAAUAGAUUAUCAUAAUUCUGAUAGUUCUCAUAUAGCAUAUCUUUUAAUUAUAUGUAUCCAGGUUGGUACACAUUUUCCCAUACAUCUAGCUAUAAGUUGUUUAAAAAAGCUUAGUUUUUAAGAUAAAUUUCGUUGUUUUUAGCAAAGAAAAACUUUUUAACGAAAAUAAUCAACAUAUUGGAAAGGUGAAACACAUCAGUUGUGAAAUAAAUUGAUACUUUUUAUCCAUUUAUUUCAUUGAAUUUUAUAGUUUACAUUUCUGUCUUUAUCACAGUACAUCCGUUGAUAAGCAUGCCAAUUACUUUUCCAACUUGACCUGAUAGAACAUAACUCUAUAGCUAAAUGAAAAGAUAUUAUUUCAUAUGAGACAGGUGUUCUGAUGAUGAAGAGAUUGAUCACUUUCGCGAUAAAAUAGAUGAUUAGUUUUAUACUAGUUUAUGUAUGCUGUAAAGAAUGAACAACGGACAAUAUUAUUUACAUGUUCCAUUGUACUACAACCCUAUUAGUUUAAGAAAAAGUGUACUAACAGUAGAAUAUAUGAUCCAUAGUGAAUUGAUGAAUUAUUCUUUAGGGAUGAUUAUAGAGACCAAAAUAUUGUCAAUAUAUUAAUUCUAUCAUGUAUCUUGAAUAUCAACACAUUCUUCUUUUUUUUUGCAUUAUACUCUAAGCAUAAUUUAUUAUUCAUAAAAGUGUAUUAUGUUCGUGACGACUGUUUUCAAAAAUUUUUCAUUAUAAAAAUAAAACAUCUGCAUGAGAAGAUAAAAUAUAUCAACUAUAAUUUAUGAUGAAAAGAUCUGAAUCUCUCGAAAUUUAGAAGUUUUUAUUUAACGUAAAAAAAAAAUAAAAAACGAGAAGAGAAAGACUCAGAAUUCUGAGUAGAGAACCAUCUCAUUAAUUAAUUAUUCACUGUUUGUCACCCUGUUAGAAUAGUAAAUUAUGUUGACCUAUAUAUAUAUAUAUUUGACAUUGUAUGCAAAAAAAGUAGAAAUGUAUAUAUUACAAAAAAAAAGGGAACAAGGUUCGGUUUUUUUUUAAAAUUGUUUUAAACGAUCAAAAUAAGUAAUCUGUUUCUAGAUCAAAACCCAUUAUUCGUUAAUAAUUAUUUUUUCAAGCGGUUCCGUUCUCUUUUCAGUCUGCUGAAAAAAAUAAAUUAGAAAAACGCUCUGUUUUCAGUAUUGUUCUCUAAACAGUGCAGAAAUUAAAUAAUUCGCAUUUUGUUCACUUUUCGUACUUUUUUUCCGAUUAUCCGAGUAAUCAUGUUAUCAACCAAAUCUCAUGUUAAUUUUUUUAUUUAGUUGUCUCAUAUCUUUUUUUUUGUAAGUAAAUGAUAUUUUCUUUUAUUUCAGAGCGAUCCAGAUCUGGGUGAAUUAACUAUAUCAUUAUGUUAUCUUCCAAAUGCAAAACGUGUCACUGUAACAGUGGUGAAAGCAACUAAUCUUAAACCAAUGGAUAUUACUGGUAAAUCAGAUCCUUACAUAAAAAUAAUUUUAUUUUUACACGGACGUAAAGUGAAAAAGAAGAAGACAGCUGUCGCUUAUAAUACACUAAAUCCAACUUAUAAUGAAAGUAUGGAAUUUGAUGUUACACUUGAAUCAGUUGAAGAUGCCGAUUUAAUAUUUAAAGUAAUGGAUUAUGAUCGAGUAGGAGCAAAUGAGUUAAUUGGAUGCGUGGGUAUUGGACCACAUUUUGAGGGAGCUAAUCGAGAUCAUUGGUAUACGAUGAUCGAACAUCCACGUGUACCAAUAACUGAAAGUUAUAAUUUACGUGAAUCAACACCACCAAUUACAUGUACAAGUCCGACACAACAAAAAGCUCCAAUAUUAAAUGAUAGUUUUCUUAAAUAA